ACACUGACCUCUUCUCUACUGGUUGAAGUUUCGCUUUCAUAAUCCUACAUCUCAUACACAGAUUAUCUCCGGAGGCGCUGCAAGUUCAAGUGAUACAAAUGUUGUCAAGACGUAUCGUGCAGGCUGCUUUGAAAGCAUGCAGUAUCCAAAAGAAAAAUGCCAUGAUACACACAUCUGUCAUCCAAAAUCUGCCCAUGGUUCCUAUAGUUAUUGAGCAGACAGGACGAGGAGAGAGAGCUUACGAUAUAUAUUCCAGACUACUCAAGGAAAGGAUUAUCUGUGUUAUGGGACCUAUUCACGAUGAGAUGUCGAGCCUGGUGGUUGCCCAGCUGCUUUUCCUUCAGUCAGAGAGCAGCAAGAAACCAAUCCACAUGUACAUCAAUAGUCCUGGUGGCUCUGUGACAGCAGGUUUAGGCAUCUACGACACAAUGCAGUACGUGCAGCCUCCUAUCGCUACCUGGUGUGUUGGUCAAGCUUGCAGCAUGGCCUCUCUUCUGCUUUGCUCAGGUGCACCGGGAAUGCGCCACUCUCUGCCCAACUCACGUGUCAUGAUUCACCAACCUUCAGGCCAGGCUGCUGGUCAAGCCACUGAUAUACAGAUUCAGGCGGAGGAAAUUGUGAAGCUGAAGAGGCAAAUCAACAGACUCUACGUCAGGCACACCAAGCAGCCAAUAGAGUUGAUAGAGGGAAGUAUGGAGCGUGAUCGAUUCAUGUCCCCACAAGAAGCUCAGGAGUUUGGCCUUAUUGACACUGUGCUGGAACACCCUCCCACUGUUGAAGAUGAAAUCAAGCACUCACAGUUCACGUAGAGCGGUUUCUCCUCUUUGGAUAAUGAUAUAAUGAUCAAUUGUAUCUUUUUUUGUUGUCACAUUUAUAUGUACAGGAUGGUCUAAAAGUUUCCAUAUGUCAUGGAAUACUUUUCUUAUAUAAAGGGUGGUCUAAAAAUUUUCCAUGUAUUGUGAAACAUCUUUGUGAUGAAUAAUUCAUUCACUGGUUUUCACUGGUAGGGAAAAGGAUAAGAAACUGUUGUAUGGACUUGGGAUUUGGUUAUUGAGCUAUCACAAAAGAUGUGAUUUUUUCUGGUGUAUGUUGUUUAACGGUUGGGCCCUUUGUCUUGCAGGCAAAAAAUUUCAAGUUCACUUCCCAGCUGGGGAAAGUGUUUUUAUCAAGUUCUCUGUUUGUCUGCCAUGAUGAAAUAUUCCACACAGCUUGGUUUGGCCCCUUCCUGCAGGGUCAAAGCAGAAGGCUUCCGAAAUGGAUGUUAGUUAUGUGGUUGUGACGUAAAACAGUUUCAGCUUGUAUUUACUGACUCUUAUGGUAAUGAAGUGGGACAGUUCUCAGCAUUGUCGUUUCAUCAAAAAUGGAAACUCUUAAAACAUCCUGUACUAUUGGUCUAUAGGUGCAUUUUUAUAAUUAUGACAGGGUGUUUAUUAAGAUUGCAAGAUUUCAGUAUGGAAGUCGUUUGAUGAAAGAUCUGAAGAUUGUUAGCCUAAAUAUGUUUGAUGUUAUGUAAUGUUUUUCUUUAAUUUAGAGCAAACUUGAAGUCAUCGACUUGACUCUUUAUUUAGAUACCUCCCCCCAUGGUUUCCUGGUAAUGACACUGACUGCAACUGCAUGAAUUCUGAAAAAGUCUUUGAGUGUAGCAAGCUGGACCCUAUAUAGAUAAGGCAUUACUGUUUCCUGUACUGUUAUAUAGUUUCAAAUAUUUGUAAAAGUUUAGUUCUAGUACAGUACAAUGGGGAUAUGGGAAGACCUUUUUACCCUUGAUGAGUCUCUCAGCUGUGACUUGUAUGAUUUCUUCUAUUUGUGUUGCUGGCAGUGAUUCUAAGGAAAGUGGGUUCGUUUUAAUUCCCAAUUUAUAGUGUACUGAAGUGCUGUGCGGGCUACUACAGGUCAAAUCCGAUGUGGGGUGCUCUUAAAAUUUGGGUUGUUUGGGGAGUUUAAAGGGUUUUUGUGGGUUCUCGUCCACUUUAUUGAACUGUGCUCUGGCUGACUCGAAAGACAAGGCUUGUUUAUUAGGAAGGCCCUUUCUGUGUUUGAAACGGCCUUUUUCAUAAUUUAUCUAUACCAGGGGAAAAUGGAACUGUGAAGAUGGAGUUCUGUUUGAGAGUGAUAUUUUGGUGUGUGGACAUCAUUGUCAAUGUGUGUGAUAGCGAAUGUUAUUGUGUAUUUAUUAAAGUAGCAAAACAUUGUACAACUUUAAACACUUCAAGUGGCCUGUACUCCGACAGGGGGGGGGGAGAAAGGGCAAAGAUGAUAAUGACAAUGUGUAUAUAGGCUGCUCAAGGCAUGGACUAACUCGGCAUUUUUGUCUCCUUACACCUCUUAAAAAAGAGCUAUCUGUCUUUGUGUAGAAUAAUAAUAUUAAUUGUGAUGUGCUCUGUUCCUUUUGCAGGAAUUAUAUAAGUGCUGCAGUAGUCUGUGUGGAAGUAUUGUAAUACUGUUGAGUUGGCUAAAACGGAAAGAGGUGAAUCCAAAAACAGCGAUUAACCGAGUACGGUUAAUCGGAAAACGGUGGCAAAUUGAGAGCAAAUAGAAUUGCAGAAUUUUUUUUUCACUUUUUGAUCGCUAAACCAUAGAAAAUCUGUCAGUUUCAUUGACUUCAGUUUUACCCGACUCCACUGUAUAUGAAUGAUUUGACAAAUUAGUACAUGUUAGUCUCAUCAGGCGUUGAGCGUGCUGCUUAGAGGUUACUAUGGAAUUCUUUUCAUGAAAAGUGUCUGUACUGUACAUGUGAACAUAGAAAAAUAAGACAGAUUCUCAAGCUGUAGCACUAGGACAAGAGUUCCUAUUUAAUCUGCGAAAGAGGAUGGAGGAAAGAGGUAUUGUGAAGUGAAUUGUUUACUGAUGUACAAUGUUCUGCACUUUCUGCUACACUUACACUUGUGUCUGUAUUCUUGGACAAAGAUUUUGGGUGAACUGAUAAUUACCUCUCUAUGUAACAAUUUUUGUAACAUCUUGAAUGAUUCUCAAAAUAUAUAUAUUCAGAUAAUUAAUGCCCUCAUUGUGAUUACUUUGGGUCACUGUGAGGAAUCAUUUUUUUCCAGUUGUUGUGUGUUUGAUCUGAGCCUGUGAGUGAGGUUCAUGUAAUGUGAUUUUGAUUUUGCAUCAUGUUCUCCUGGAAAAGUUUCAUGGAUCAUACGAUUGUUGUCUCUAUCUUCAUAUAUGGAGAUGGAUGUUUGCGAUCAUCACAAAUGAUUAAUAUGACGGACAAUUCAUAUGACUUUCUGCAAAGCGUCUGAUUAAAAGAUGAAAUAAUUUU